ACAAGACAUCUCCAUCAUAUUCUAGACACAACACCAAAGCCAAAGCAAUCAAAACCUUAAUAGCUCUCGUCUUCCUUGUCAGUUCCUGCCUUAAAAUUUGUUACUUUCAGAAAAAUUAAACUAAGGUACAGAUUCUUGGCUUCUUCUUUUAUGUUUCUUUUGUGUGUGUGUGUGUAAUUCCACGUAUCAACCUGAAACCUCUAGCAGGAAAUUUGAGCUUAAGCGAGAAAGGGUCUGCAUUUCAAUUUCAAAUUUUCACAGAAUCCUGAGAUGGAAGAUUCAUCUGAACCUGUCAUUUCUGCUGCUGGGGUGCAUGAAAAGGUUGUGAAGGAGGAAAUCCAUCUUAAAGUCAAGAGCAUGGAUAAAGAACCAAAUGACGAGAAGGGAGCUGAGGUGAAGGCCAAAUCGGUAGAAAAGGAAAAGCCAAAGGAGAAGGAGCAGCAUAAAGAGAAAGACAAGGAGAAAUCAGAGAAAAAUAAGAAGAAGGAUGUAGAUGAGGGGGGGGAGAAGAAAAGGAAAGAUAAGAAGAAGGGUGAAGAGCAGGAGAAGAAAACGAAAGAGAAGGACAAAGAGAAGGAGAAGAAAGGACAGGAAGGAGAGGAUAGUGUUGGUAAAGAGUCAAAGGUGGACAAGGAAGCUGGAGAGGCUAAGAAAGAGAAAAAGAAUAAGAAAGACAAGGAAAAAAAUAAGAAGAAAGAUGAUGAGGCUUUAGGAUAUGACAAGGAGGAUAAGAAGAACAAUAAAGAAGAGAAGAAGAUAAAAGAUCAUGGGGUUUCAAGGGAUGAACAGGAUGAUAAGAAAGAAGAGAAGAAAAAGAAAGAUAAAAAAGAGAAGAAGAAAGACGAGGAUAAAGAUUUGAAGGAUACAAAAAAAGCAAUUGAGGAGUACAAAGAUCAAGGUUUGCGUGUUGAGGAUGAGGAUAAGAAAAGUGAAGGGGAGGAAGAGAAGAAGAAAGGAAAAGAGAAGAAGGUCAAAGAUAAAGGGAAGAAGAUCGAUGAAGAAUCUAAGGAAGAAACAAAAAAAGGCAACGAUGGUAAAGAGGACAAAAAAGAGGGGGAAGUGAAGGAAAAGAAAAAAGAAAAGAAGAGCAAAGAUGAAAUUAAAGGGGACAAUGACUAUAAAAAUGAGGGGAAAGAAGAAAACAAGAAGGAUAAGGAGAAGAAAGAGAAAAAGCACAAGGAUGGAGGAGACGAUGACAUAAAAGAUGGAGAAGAAGAGAAGAAGAAGAGCAAAAAGAAAAAGGACUAGGAAGAGAGAGUAGAAAGUAUUGGUAAAUAUGCUCUGUUAAUAAUAAAUAAAUAUUAAAGAUAAAGAAAGUCUUUAUUAAUAAUAAAUAUGUUUUAUAUGAAUAAAAUCAAAGUUACGUGUAAUUAACUGAUUGACUAUAUUAAUUGGAGUUGUUGAGAUUGAUGUA